CGCCAGCUCCAGCCCAGCCUCCUGUCCAGGGAGAGAUGGGGCUGAAAUGCCUGGGUACCCCGUGGUGACUGGACACUCCCAGGGGCUGCCCAGGCCUUCUCCACGUGGCCACGCCAGGAGGGCCAGGCAGCUGCUCUUCCCCAGAGAAGUGGGGGGCGGUGCUCGGCGAUGGAAGCAGCAGAACGAGGCCGGGUGGCAACUCAGCCCUCUGAGUAACAUGUCCAAUGCCUUGGCCAAUGCCGUUUGCCAGCGCUGCCAGGCCCGCUUCGCCCCCGCCGAGAGGAUUGUCAACAGCAACGGCGAGCUGUACCACGAGCACUGCUUCGUGUGCGCGCAGUGCUUCCGGCCCUUCCCCGACGGGCUCUUCUACGAGCUCGAAGGGCGGAAGUACUGCGAACACGACUUCCAGAUGCUGUUCGCUCCGUGCUGCAGGACCUGCGGCGAGUUCAUCAUCGGCCGCGUCAUCAAGGCCAUGAACAACAACUGGCACCCCGGGUGCUUCCGCUGCGAGCUGUGCGACGUGGAGCUGGCCGACCUGGGCUUUGUGAAGAACGCCGGCAGGCACCUGUGCCGACCCUGCCACAACCGUGAGAAGGCCAAGGGCCUGGGCAAGUACGUCUGUCAGCGCUGCCACCUGGUCAUCGACGAGCAGCCCCUCAUGUUCAGGAACGACGCCUACCACCCAGACCACUUCAGCUGCACCCACUGCGGGAAGGAGCUGACUGCAGAGGCCCGCGAGCUGAAGGGCGAGCUCUACUGCCUGCCCUGCCAUGACAAGAUGGGCGUCCCCAUCUGUGGGGCCUGCCGCCGGCCCAUCGAGGGCCGUGUGGUCAACGCGCUGGGCAAGCAGUGGCACGUGGAGCACUUUGUCUGUGCCAAGUGUGAGAAGCCGUUCCUGGGGCACCGGCACUAUGAGAAGAAGGGCCUGGCCUACUGUGAGACCCACUACAACCAGCUCUUUGGGGACGUCUGCUACACCUGCAGCCACGUGAUCGAGGGCGAUGUGGUGUCGGCCCUCAACAAGGCCUGGUGUGUGCACUGCUUCUCCUGUUCUACCUGCAACAGCCGGCUCACCCUGAAGAACAAGUUUGUGGAGUUCGACAUGAAGCCCGUGUGUAAGAGGUGCUACGAGAAGUUCCCGCUGGAGCUGAAGAAGCGGCUGAAGAAGCUGUCGGAGCUGGCAGCCCGCAGGGCGCAGCCCAAGUCCGCGGGCCUCCAGCCCGCCUGAGAGGCCCGCCCGCCGCCCGCCAUCGUCCUCCUGCUCCCCCCGGCUUCGCUGCCCGCCCCCGCUGCCCGAACCUGCGGCUUCUCCCUGCCCGUCUCUCCGCUCAGCAUCCCCCCACCAAGGCGUCCCGUCCCUCCCCUCCCUCCUUCCACGAGGCCAGAGGCCACGGGGCAGGGGCCUGGGCGUGGCAAGCCUGUGACACAUCCUCGUCCACAGCUUCGGCCCGAGGUCUUCCAGGGACAGAAGCAAGUAGGGCCAGGGUCACCUGGGCCGGCCUGUCCUGACCUGUCCCAUCCCCGCAGGAGGCCUCGUGGCUCGCAUUCUGUGGCAGCUUGGCCAGCCUCCGCCCCCCGUGGCACAGGUGCAGCCCACGGCCAGGCGGCCGCCCGGACCCGAGGGCCAUGUGGGUGGGCGCCCCCGGGGAGCCACCCUGCAGUCCCCCGACCACGCACGCGCUCAGCCAAGCAGGAGCCUCGUGCCCAGGCCAGGCCAGCGAGUCCUGCUUCUUCAGCCCACGCAGCAGCGGGAGGGCCCCCGCUCACCCCGCCGCCAGGGCACCCACUGACUCCCCGGUGCAGCCUGGGGCCAGGAGGUGGUGGGCUCUGGUGGGCGGCUCAUUCCUGCCCUCCGGGGAGGACAGCGUGGGACCCUGGGGUUGGGACUCACACUUGCACAACGAAUGAAGGCUUUUCUACACGA